AUGGUUAUCACAACAUCAGAUGAUGUGCAUGAGAAUACAGCCCUUCUGGGGCCCAACAGGGUUCCUCAGGAGAAACCUCUACCAAAGGCUCAGGUCCUGCUACUCUGUUAUGCCCGGGCCAUAGAGCCCUUGGCCUUCUUCUCCAUCUUUCCUUAUGUCAGUCAGAUGAUCCAGGACAACGGGAGUACCAAGGUCUCAGAUGUCGGUUUCUAUGCAGGACUUAUAGAGUCGCUGUUCUCCCUGACUCAGGCCAUAGUGAUGAUUUUUUGGGGCCAAGCGGCCGAUCGCGUCGGGCGGAAGCCUGUCCUAGUCUUCUCCUUAUUCGGCGUGACCGUGGCGACGGGCCUCUUCGGACUGGCAAAGUCUAUUGCGCAGAUGGUUUUAUUCAGGUGCCUUGCCGGUGUCUUUGCGGGGACUGUUGUCACCAUCCGCACCAUGAUCGCUGAGCACAGCACCAAUAAGACACAAGCUCUAUCAUUCAGUUGGUUCGCUUUCAGUGGAAACUUGGGUAUCUUCCUGGGCCCUCUGUUAGGUGGUAGCCUUGCCAACCCAGCACUCCGGUAUCCAGGUGUAUUUAAGGAUACUGGGUUCUUCGCUGACUACCCAUACGCGCUAUCAAGCCUGGUGGUGUCGCUGCUCGGGUGUACCGCUGCCUUUUCUAGUCUUUUUUUCGUCCGAGAGACGUUGAAAAAAGAGCCUGCUACAUCGGAUUCCAACCUUGAUGAAGGGCUGUCGGUCUCGCAGCUUUUGAAAGCCCCCAGUGUUGGGAUAGUUCUCUACACAUAUGGACAUAUUAUGGUACUUGCCUUUGCCUACACAGCCAUAAUCCCGGUCUUUUGGUUCACUCCCACGUCCCUCGGUGGAUACGGCUUUACCCCUCUACAAAUAUCGGCGCUGAUGGGUCUUAAUGGCGCCGCCCAAGCUGCGUGGCUCCUCCUGGUUUUCCCUCCAUUGCAGAAGAGGAUCGGGUCAAAUGGAGUCAUCCGCCUAUGUGCCUAUGCCUAUCCUUUCUUCUUCCUUGCCUGCCCAGCUGGUAAUAUCCUCCUGCGCCUAGAUACCGAGGCAUCGGUUAAGGCUUUCUGGGUCUUCCUACCGAUAGCGCUGGUCAUCGGCUCUGGGGUCAGCAUGAGCUUCACAGCGAUCCAGCUUAUAUUGAACGACAUCUCCCCCUCGCCCAAUGUCUUGGGUACGCUGAAUGCCCUGGCCUUGACCGGGGUUAGCGGCCUGAGGGCAAUUUGCCCGGCCCUUUCCACCACCUUCUUUGCGCUGGGGGUGAGAACACAAUUUUCCGGGGGAUAUGCUAUCUGGAUACUGAUGAUCUUGCUUGCUGCCGCGUUGUCUGUUGCUGCGCGAUAUCUACCUGAGCCCGAAAAGCCUGACGAAUCCCGAGGUAACUUAGUGGAUGAAUGA